AGGAAGAUGCGUAGAUCUGCGAGUGGCUCUGAUCAAUUUGGUCCAACGCCGUCACCGUCUCCGCCUCGAUCUCAGAGUGUUCCGUUUGGUGAAGAUGAUGUGGAGCUGAUGUUGCCAAGGUACGACCCGAGUUCUCAACCGGGGAAGAGAGAGAAGUCUCGGUUGAGAUCUGCAGAAAACGUCAUCCAUUUCAUUCCUUUUGUUCUUCUGCUCUGUCUUGUAAUCCUUUGGCUCUUCUCUUAUUAUUCAGAUGCAGACUCUUGAUUCAAUAUCUGUGAUUAGGAUACAUGGUUUCAAGCGGUUCAUAUAGUCGUAAAACUAAACACAGUGAUGGAUUUUGGAAUUUUGUCAGCAGUUUGAAGAAUCAGAAUGUUGUUUACUUGUUUCCAUGUGACUCAUCAGUCAGUUUACAGAGACAACUUUUUACUGCCAAGAAGACUCCGAUGAUAUAAAUGAAAUUUCUUUUUGAGAUCACCCAUUCAUAUAGUCCUUGAUUUGUUUUUUUGUUUUUUUUUUUGGGGGGACAAAGAGCUUUCAUUUGUGUAGUACAGUAUCGAAUCAUUCUAAAAAUUCAAUUUAAAAGAUUGUUGAAUC